AUUGUGUGACGACUUUGGACGCCAAGAGUACUGAACAUUUACACUCAUUAAAAAUCUACAUAUGCGAAUACAUAAAUUAACCGAUCACCACGUACGAUAAAAUAGAAUGAAAUUUAAACUUACGUUUUGUAACAUAAUUGGAGUAAUAUUUGGCCUCGGAAUGUAUCACGUCUUGCCGGCAGUUUCCUCCCAAGUAGCGACGAACGAGUUGCUUCAAAAUAUUGUAGAAACAAGGGAGAUUGGAAAAGAUAACAAGUCAUCGCUGCCACGAUUGGACCACGGAGGCUCAAGUCUCAAACGACCAGAAAAUCUGGAUGUCCAGUGGAUAUUGGAAUAUGCAAAUUCUGUUAUGAGGACUGGGGACCGUGCUGGGAAGCAGUACCCAUGGCUAGUCGAGUGUCGGCGGGAUCCCUGGCAUACCCAAGUGGAUAGAUUUCUACUCAUUUACUAUAUCCUGCAUCAAUACGGCGCCUUAGGAUUGAGCGGGAAUUCACUCCGUUAUGAGGCCACUCCUACUUGGGAUGCAGAUAUUCUUAAUCGUCCGCCUGAACCGGUUUAUACAUAUAUGGGGAUUCCCAAACCCGUAGGUCCCGAUAAGCCCAUUGACCCAUAUUCAGUUCCACCCCGGGAUCCCCUUGGUUACAUCACGUACCCUCUGAUACGCUCGAAAUGACAAGUGUGUCGUUGGUACAUCUUCGAGGUACACAUGAACCUUAAGAGAGGUUGACUUGUGAAUUGCCAAAAAAAAGUGGAUUACUCUCUUGUGAAGUGCAGAAUUCUUUAAAAGUAAUUAUUUUUAGAAAAUAAGACGGACCUUGGAAAAAGUAUCAAUAUGGUCGUUUAGCCUCUCCUUGCUAGUGAUGUAACUACGAUUAUUCAAACUCUGCGAAUACAUUUUACACUCACAGAAAUAAAAAAAAAUUAAGCAUUAA